AUGGAAUCUCACGGAUUUGAUGACGAUUACGGAUAUGACGGUGACGAUGAGGAAAUGUAUAAUAACUAUAAUGAUUAUGAUCACAUUGACGAUUAUACGGAGGAAUACGACCAUGAUAACUAUGAUAACAAUGAUUACGAUGAUGACGAAGAUUACAAUGAUUACGAAGAUCACGAUUAUUACGAUGCUCACGAUGAUUACAAUGAUCACGAUGAUUACAAUAAUGAAAACAAUGAUUACGAUGAUGACGAUUAUUACGAUGCUGAGGAUGAUUACAAUGAUGACGAUGAUCAUGAUGACCACGAUGAUGUUUACAAUGAUCAUGAUGAUUACGAUGAUAAUGAUGAUAACACUGAUUACUAUGAUCACGAUGAUUAUGGUGAUAACGAUGAUUACAAUGAUCAUGAUGAUCACGAUACUUACAAUAAUUACACUGAUCACGAUGAUGACGAUGAUUAUGAUGAUCACGAUGAUUACAAUGAUAAUUACAAUGAUCAUGAUGAUUACAAUGAUUACAAUGAUCAUGAUGAUUACGAUGAUCACGAUGAUUACAAUGAUCAUGAUGAUUACAAUGAUUACGAUGAUAAUUAUGAUCACGAUGAUUACAAUGAUCAUGAUGAUUACGAUGAUCACUAUGAUUAUGAUGAUCACGAUGAUCAUGCUGAUUACAAUGAUCAUGAUGAUUACGAUGAUUAUGAUGAUCACGAUGAUUACAAUGAUCAUGAUGAUUAUGAUGAUUACGAUGAUUACAAUGAUCAUGAUGAUUACGAUGAUCACGAUGAUUAUGGUGAUAACGAUGAUUACAAUAAUCACGAUGAUGACCAUUAUGAUGAUCACAAUGUUUACAUUGAUCUCGAUGAUUACAAUGAGCACGAUUAUUACGAUGAUCCUGAUGAUCACAAUGAUUACAAAGGUCACGAUGAUAUCGGUAAUUAUCAUGAUCACGCUGAUAACGCUGAUCAUAAUGAUCCCGAUGAUUACGGUGGUCACUUAAUUCUGAAAAUGAUCAAGAUAAUGGUUAUGGCAAUGAUAAUAAUAAAUGGAAUGCUAAUAAUGAUGAUUUUAAUGAUUAUCGUGAAAAUGAUCAAGAUAAUGGCAAUGAUAAUAAUAACUGGAAUGCUGAUAAUGAUGACUUUAAUGAUUAUCGUGAAAAUGAUCAAGAUAAUGACGAUGAUGUUCAUAACUGGAAUGCUGAUAAUUUUGAUGUAAAUGAUUAUCAAAACGACCAAUAUGACGUUUGUGAUGAAACCUUUCACUAUCUGAAUCAAAAAAUGAUUAUAAAUAAUGGUGUUUUUAAAUCUUAUUAACACGUUUAAUAUUUAAUAUAUAAAUACUUCUAUACAAGGUUUGUUAACAUUAACAUUUAAAUACCAAGCACUAUAUUUUCUACUUAUGAAAAAGUAUUAUUUGAAAGUAAUCAGUAAUUUUCACAAACUAGAUAAGUACAUGUCUAUAUGUUUUGAAUUUCAAUACGGACAAGUUACGGUUUUUUCAUGCGAGCAAGUGUCAGUUAUAUUUAACAAAUAUUUUGUUGUAUAAUUUAUACAAUUCCUAGUAUCUAUUUCAAACAUUCUGAUAUUACAAACUUUAUCAGGCAAUGCUAAUUAAAGAAAAAUGAAGGGCGAGGAUGGCGAGGAUCUGUAAGAAAUAGUCCAAAAUGUUUUUUGUCUAAUGUAAAAGGGACGUUAAUAUCCAUCAAUUCUAUUUGAUUCAAAGUUGAUCAGUUUAACAUUUUAAACUAGUAACAUGUAAAAAUAUACAAUUACUUUCGAUUUAUUUCAAUAUGCAUUGAUGAGAUAUCUGAUGAAGCUAAAGGUGACCGAUUAAGCAUUAAGCUAAAUUUAUCAGGCAUGUUCACAUCAAUAGAAAUCAAUGUGAUGACAUUAUAAACAUUCUUAUAUAUUGAUCACGUCAUGUAUACAAGCUCUGUUUAGAUUAUAUAUAGAGGAUAUUUGUUUGUUUUGCAUGUAAGAUUGAAAUAUAAUUUCACUGAGUGAACACCAGAUGCAAUAUUUUCACGAGUGGCGUAGCCACGAGUGAAAAUAUAAUAGCUGGUGUUCACGAAUGAAAUAUAUUUCAAUCUUAUAUGUAAAACAAAUAAAUUUUCUUUUUAUUUCAUGCUUUUUAAGUGAUUUUAAGUAUUUUUUACUGAUUUUGUCGCGUAACGUCGCGCAUUCUCCUUUGUGACGUCAUCACAUCAUGACGUCACAUCAUCAAUUUUGAAAUAUAGUUCUGUUAGAUUUCUCUUAUUUUGUUACAUUUUAACCAUGAUUUAUGGUGACAUCGACUUUCUUUUCCUAAAGAAGCAAAAUUUACGUAUGACGGCAUUUAUUUCUGCCUGUUAUUCCAUUUAGUUAUGAUUUUCUUUUCAUCCGCAUUCAGAUAUAGUCCGGCUACAGUAAAAAAAUUAUAUUUUAUAAAUUUCACUAGUGGUUUAUCAGAAUUUAUUACAUGCUUUUCGGUGGUUUAUAGAAAUAUAUCGGUGAAAUAAAACUGGUAAUUUCACUGUUUGAAACAGUGAAAUUACCACUUUGAUAAUUUCACUGUUUUGAAUUUAAUUAAGCCCCUUACGUGGUUACAGUGAAAUACCAGCGUUCACAGUUCUGGGUACCAACUUAAUGACGUGACGUCGUAAAUGACGUCACGUCGUAUUAUUUUUUGGCGCGCUUUUCAUUCAGUAUUUGGUUUAAUGUCUUUUUAAAACGUUUCUUUGCAUAUAAUAAAAAGAAAAUUUGUUUAGUUUAGUGUAAGAUCGAAAUAUAUUUCACCUUGUGAACACCAAAAGUCCAUAUUUCACUCGUGGCUGCGCCACUCGUGAGAUAUACCUUUUGGUGCUCACUCGGU